CUGCGCGUUCUCGUUUCGAGUUUUUUUUCUCAAGUUCGAAUGCAAAUUUUACGUUGAAAAUCAUCAUUCGUUAAGUGUAAACUUAUGUGAGAUAUUUAAGUGGAAUUUUUUUAAGCAACAUGAGAAGAAAGUGCAACAUCCGUCGUAAAAUGUACGAAAGUUCCUGUUCGUACCAAGGAGCUCUGGAACUGAAACGCAGUACCGCAUCGGCGUGCCCUUUGGGCAUCAAAACUGAAGAGUUCAGCUCGGCCAGUGAUUGGCCAGCUUAUAGAUUCUGCAAUCCCAGCACUUUCGAACAACUAAAGCAAAGUGUCGAAAAAGCUAAGGCAGCUUUACAAGAUAGGACUUCGUUUUUUGGUAAUACUAGUGCGUUCAGUGACUUGUACAACGUUUCGUCGACGGCCAGGAAUCACCAUCAUCAUCAGGACAAUGUCCAGGAUGGCAAUAGGUUGAGGGACAGUAACGAUGUAGAUACUAAAAGGGGUGAGUGCUUAAAACAGCAAAACGCUUUGCAGGAAGAUAAAAUUAGGAUUAACGUAGACUUAACAUUGUUUCAAUAA